AAUAAACACCCACAUGGUCAACAGAGUCUCUAAGAUCACGUGUUUCCUUCUUGCUGACGUCAUUUCGUUCGAACCAAUCAUAGUCAACGUAGCAAACCCCUUAUUAAUAGCUCGUACACGUCGCUACUUUUAGGCAAUCGUCAGUCAACGCACAUGUUAGAAGUAUCGCGUUGUUUAUGUACUUACGAAAGCGUGUGUUCUUCGGCGCAUGCGCGUAAGGUGGCAACGCACAAUUUAGUUUUGCAAACACGUCAAAUAAAUCUGACUUGUUCGCUGCAGAGUAGAGCAGACACAUUGCAAGCAAUGAGCACCACCAAAGUAGCUCUGGUGACUGGUGCAAACAAAGGCAUCGGGUUUGCAAUCGUAAGGGCGCUGUGUAAAGAUUAUGCCGGGGACGUGUACCUGACAGCCCGUGACAUCGGUCGAGGAACCGCGGCGGUGGACAGUCUGAAGAAGGAGGAGGGGCUGUCACCGCUCUUCCAUCAGCUGGACAUCAAUGACCCAAACAGCGUCCGCACGGCACGGGACUUCUUCAAAGAGAAGUACGGGGGAGUGGACGUGCUCAUCAACAAUGCUGGGAUCGCCUUCAAAAUGGCAGACACGACCCCCUUUGGGAUCCAAGCAGAUGUGACACUGAAGACCAAUUUUUUUGCCACUAAAGAUAUGUGCAAUGUGUUCUUGCCCAUUAUCAAACCAGGAGGCAGGGUAGUGAAUGUCUCAAGCAUAAUGGGCUCUAUAGCUUUGGGGCGCUGCAGUCCAGAACUCCAGGCCCGUUUCCGUAGCAAUGACAUCACAGAGGAGGAACUGGUGGGGCUGAUGGAGCAGUUUGUCCGUGAUGCCCAGGAAGGGCUCCACUCAGAAAGAGGCUGGCCCACCACGGCAUAUGGAGUCUCCAAAACCGGCCUCACCACCUUAACUAGAAUCCUGGCCCGAAAUCUAAUGAAAGAGAGGCCGGGGGAUGAGAUACUGUGCAAUGCCUGCUGUCCAGGUUGGGUCAGAACUGACAUGGCUGGACCAAAUGCAACCAAGUCACCUGAUGAGGGCGCUGUCACUCCAGUUUACUUAGCAUUGCUACCUGCAGGGGCUAAAGAGCCCCAUGGGCAGUUUGUAUCAGAGAUGAAAGUUCAGCCCUGGUGAGAAGGAAGAGAGAGAGCAUGAGAAAGAGAGAGAGGUUGUGUUUGUUUGCUUUUCAAAGCUUAAGUCAAGUUUAGAUACACUUUGUAUAUUUGACUCCAAAAAUAUAAAAAAUUACUAUGUGUGUAUUGUGUAAUAUCAUAUUAUUGUAAGUAAAACCAAAAAUGUAAAAGCUUUAAAAUUUGGUCAAAGUUUUUUUUGUGAGCAGACAAAUGAAAUAGCUAAAAAAAAAAAAAAAAAAAGUAAAGAAAAAAUGUAAAUUCAUACUCGUAUAUUUAAAUCAAAAUAUGCUAGAUUUUACGUGGCAUUCAGCAUGUGGCAUUCAUAGCUUGUGCGUGUGAAUGUGUUGGUACAAAAAUGAGAUCAAACAAUGUUCACUUAAUUUAUUCUUUAGGUAAUGCUCAAUAAAGAAUGAAUCUUACUAAGUGGCUUUUUACAUGAUCAGGGUUGAAACUGAAGAGGGUUGUGCCCCAAAACUGAUAAUGAUCUUAUUAAUAUGGAACAGAAAACUAUGAAUUACCAAAAUAAAAUUUCAUGAUCUAUCUCA